AUGAAACUGAUGUGGCUCCUGGCGCUGGCCCUUUUUCGCUGCGUGGAGGGGCUUAGUCUGGACGUGGGAAGCUGCGAGGCAUCCAGCAAUGUGAACUUCUGCAACUAUGCCUUCGAUAAGAAUCUCUCGAGCGCAUGGGCCUCUUCUGGACCUGCCCCCCAGUGGGUGGAAGGCCGAAUUGCAGGCGGGAUCUAUGCCUCCUUGGGCUCCUACACCAUCAUCUCGGUGCCGGGAAAUCCCAACCUGGCACCUACGGCCUGGCGUUUGGAAGGGGUGGAACCUUACACCGAGACGCGGCAAACCUUGGAUGAGGUCACGGGUCACAUUUGGUACGACGGAGACGCGGCCAUCCGCAACCUCGGAGGUCUGACCUCCUGGAGGAGUUAUCAACUGACGAUGCUUCAGGGCCUAGGUACGCAACUGGCCAUCGCGGAGCUCCAGUUGAUGCCCAAAAUGGGCUACACCUUUGAGCUGUCGGACUGGAACCCGUGCUCCGUCACCUGUGGUGGUGGCACCCAAGAUAGGAACGUGACUUGUAAAGGAAGCGAUGGUGUGAGCUACAGCGACAACCGGUGUACCACCGGAGAGCCUCCCGCCCGUUCCCGAAUUUGUGGAACUGGAAUUUGUGCGUGCGAGGGCGGCUUGGCCUGUGGUGCCAGCUGCACGGCUUCCAGCAGCGCCACCGCUGACCUGGGCUGUAUUGUGGCCUUGGACGGAGCCGUGCUUUCAGCAUGGACAUCCGGGGCUCCACCUCCCCAGUGGCUCGAGUACGACCUGGGCAAGGUGCGCACGCUGGAAAAAUUCACCAUCACCUCGGGUGUGUGUACAGUUUGCCACUUACAAGAAGGACCUUCGAUCAUCUCCUUGCAGGCCACCAACCAAGGGCCUGAAAUCUCCGGGCGAAGUUGGCUGCAGCUGCGCCAACCCUUCAGUGUGGGAUCUGUGUGGUCUUCCGGUGAGACCAGAAGGUUCAAUCUGCCUGAAGGAUCCUCGGCCUUCCAGUACUGGCGCCUGUACUUUCACGAGACUUUUGGCGCUGGAGGAACGGUCUACAAGGUCCACGUGGCAGAAGUGGGUCUCUUUGGGCCACCCACGGAAUUCCGUCUGUCCGUGGGCCCAUGGCAAGAGUGCGAGCCACUGGGGGGGACUUACGCCUGUGGUGAUGGGAUCAGCCGCAGAACGGUGAAUUGCUACGAUGAUGAGAACUAUCCGCAGGCCUUGGAGAACUGUGAGAACGGUCCUGAGACGCCGAAAGAGAAGGGCUGUAGUUUGGAUUGUCCCCUGCUGCAGAUUGCGGGGGCCACGCCACACCCGGAGUUCUUUGGCAUCCUCAGGAAGCUCCAACGUCAAGUGGGCGGCUUUGACCGGCCUCUGGAUGCCUUGCUUCUUGCGGCACAUGACAUCCUGGAGACAUCGGAGACACCGCACGCGGCCCGCGGUUUCUUGCUGCGCGGACCUCCUGGCUCUGGAAAGUCGCAUUUGGCGCAGGAAUUCGCUGCAGUGGUGAGUCAUCAGAGCUUGAAGCAGGUUCCUACUCUGCACGCGGAUGCUGCAGAAGGCCCUCGUGGCAUUGAGGCAUUCCAGGCAGCUUUGCAGCUGGCCACGCAGCGGGGGCGGAAACAUCGUGAUGUCGUGUCAGGUGAGUCCAUUUCCCUGGAAGUGUUGAUCUUGGAAGGUGCUGAAACCCUGGGGCCCCGCUGGGAGUCCAAUGACGAGAAGGAAGAUCUGGAUCUGCGACAGGUACUUGCAGAUCGCUUGUUGUGGGAGUUGCACCUCUGGCACCUCCACUCUUUACCCGUGCUGCUGUUGGUCCCCUGGACUUCUCUGAUGACGGAGCCUGUGAUGAUUUGUGGACCUAGGGCUGUGGAAGCCAGCAUCACCUUGCCCAUACCCUUGAACAUCAAGCAGCGGGAAGAAGUGCUCAGAGUCUGUUCCCGUCAUUUGAAUCUGAAUGAUGAUCUGUUGCUGUGGCUGGCAGAGUUCACUGGUGGCUUCCUACCCUGCGACCUGGUGGCCCUCUGUCGUUCAGCUGCGUUGCUGGCUGUGCGUGCGGCCCAAAAUGCGGGCUGUGAGGUGCAAGUGAAGAAGGAACAUUUCCAGAAAGCCCGAAGCGCCAUGAAUCCCACUCCCAUGCGCGCAGCCGAACAGCAACGAGCCACCGAAGCUGGGCUUGGCUUGGAAGAGAUCAUUGGGCAGGCGGAGGCUGUGCGGAGACUGCGCGAGGAGGUGGUGAAGCCUUUGAAGUCUUGGCAGCAACUGAACUUUUCCACCUUGGAUCCACCUCUGCUUUUGUUGCUCAGUGGUCAGCCCGGCAGUGGCAAAAGCUUUGUGGCGCGGCAGCUGGUCGCAGAACUGCACUGGCACCUCUUUGUGGCCUCCCCGGCAGAUCUGUUGGCCUCGCGCGUGGGCGCGGCAGAGAAGCGCACGGCACAGCUGCUGGCGGCGGCGCGGCAUUGCGCGCCCAGCGCUGUGUUACUGGAGGAAAUGGAAAAUUUGGUGCCGAAGAUGGAGAAGGAUAAUUUGGAAGGUUCCGAGACCUGCGUGACGUACGUUCUGCGCUCCGAGCUGGAUACACUGCAGGAGCGACGGCGGCAAUUUCGCUCGGCGGCGCUGGAUCCCUUGGCUGCGGAGGCGCUGUGUUUGAUCAUUUGCACCACAAAGCAUCUGGAGCUGCUGGCCCCGUGGCUCCUGGCGCCCCAGCGCUGCGCCAUGCACGUGCCGCUGACCUCCAAGCUCACCGAGGAGGACAUGCUGCAGCUGCUUCAACGCUCUUCCCAUGGCAAGGCUUCUGAGGCCACCCUUCGAGCGGGGGCUGAAGCACUCUGCAAGGUGGCUUGUUCGGCCUCAGAUGCAGCGGCCAUUUGUCGCAUUGCAGCUGUGUCUGCAGUCAGAAGGGUGACCUUGACGGCGCAGUGGAUGGCGAAGAUCCGUUGUGCCGCAUAUCAGGUUCCUAUGACCUCGGAUCCAAGCCCUGGAGAGUUGGAUGGAGCUUUGUACAAAGGCAUUGGCUACGCGGAUGACAACAAUGGGACAACUGAUGUUGAUGGAAUUCUUGUCACCAGAUUUGCCGGAGAAGAGUUUGAGGUGCGCUGCAAAGUGGUCGGCGGGACUUUAACCUUUGGCACCGGGCGUCGUGCGGUGCUACGCCCCGUGCCGCUGUUGAUGGGUUGCUAUGCAGAUUCAUUUUCCGCACGGGAUUUGCCGGAGUAUCAAGGUGUGCAGACACAGGCAGAUGCUUGCUUUGGAUCUCAAUACUUUGGCAUUCAGAUGCGCGGGAAAUGCUACUGUGGCGACAGCUAUGGACGCUACGGAGUAAAGCUUCCCAACAGAACCGCAGGUCUCACAGGUUGUGACUGCAACGGUCCCUACUUUGCCUACGAAGCCAAUUGCGUGUGGGAACAGAGCACCGGACGCUUUGGAGAUGAGACCAUGCUGCCUCUCCGUGUGGAGUCCGUGGGCUCCAACAGUGCUCAGAUCUUGGCGGUGGUGGAAGCCGAUGCCCGUAUACGCUGCAAUGUGACAGCAGCAGGGGCCACCAGUGCUCCCAGUACUUCUGCUUCAUGCACCAAUCAGGGCUGUACUCUGUCGAUGGGAAAUCUUGAAGCAUCCACCACGUACACUCUGCUCUGCCGAGCGGAAGCCAACGAUGGGCACCGCAGCGAGCGGCUGGCCACACUGCUGGUGCGGACGUUGGAUCCAGCACUGCCGCCCAUCACGAUGACGCCCACGCGGGCACCACUGGAUCUGUCGGAACCCUACUAUGUGCUGUCAACCACCCGUCCACCCGUCAUCAAAAUUCCCCACGGAGUCGCACCUUGGGACUGGCUCUGGGUGCCCACCACACUGAUGGGCUGCCUGGCACUGGGCUUCGCGAUCCAUUGCUGCGCCAGGGGAAAGAACGCCUUGGUUUUGGAGUCCCUGGAUUUGCCCCACACCUUCUGGUUGAUUUGGGAGCUUCUACUAGUGGUGGACCUCUCCCUAGGUGUCGGCCUUUUGCUUGACAUCCUGCACGGCCGCUUUGAGAGGGAAGCGCCUUACUGGGAUGUUUUGGGCGUCGUGCAGGCUUCAGUGCUUUUCUUUGAAGCUGCUAUACAUGGUGCAGCGUUUCUGGGUUUUGGCGCGCUUCCUGCUCUGGCCAGAAUCCUGGCAACACAGGUUCUGAAGAGACGAAGUGGAAAUAGCUGGACACUCCAUCGAUACAAAGGUGUACAGCAUCGACUUGGUUCCAGACAGCAGCAGUCAGCUCUACCGCCUGAACUUGAUACUGACCAGAAUCCAUCACCUCUCCACUAUUUGCCUGGAGCUUCCCUGUGGGCUGUGUGCAGAGCUAGUUCACACGACUUGGAGUUGGUGAUCCCAUACAAAGUGGGUAUCAACUCCUUCCACUUCCUGGGCAGCGUGGUGCAAUUUUUUUGUGCCACAUUUUUUGUGUCUCACCCUUGGCAGGUGGCUGUCUCCCUAGGAGUCGCCAUCUCCGCCAUGUGCUUCACGUUGCUGCUGGCCAUUGUCAUGGCCCUGGCGCUGAUGCGCGCGCACCACGUAGCCAGCAGCGGCCUGAUUCGCCUCGCCCCGGAGGAGCUCGGGAAUCUGCGGGCGGCGGCGGCACCAGCGGUAGCUUCGGCUGCGCCGCCCAGGGUGGGGUUGAAAGGAGCGCCAAGUGCCAAAGCUCCCAGAUCCUUGGGCAAAGCUCAAACACAAAGAAGGACUUGA